CUAAAACUGUUUAUCACAACCACCAGAUAUUUUUCCCAUUUUGAUCAUAAUUUGCACAGAUUUCAGAUCUUCUCAAUGAUAUUUCUUUUUACUUAGCUAACAUAUGUAGUAAUUACACGUGACAUAUGAUAAAUUUAAAAAAAACUGCUUAUUUCAUCAAGCAUUACAUUGUUCUUGUAGCUAAAACCAUUAAGACGGUGUUUUCGUUUUUAAUCGAACCACAGUUAUUAUCUGGCCCUUACGGACGAAGAUGGACAGCAACGUCGGUAUUCCGGAGUUUUUCGCCGGCAAGUGCAUCCUCGUCACGGGUGCGACGGGAUUCAUGGGCAAAGUGCUCGUCGAGAAACUUCUCCGAUCAUGUCCUGAUCUUGACACCAUCUACUUGCUCAUGAGGCCAAAGAGCGGACAGCACGUAGCGCAAAGGCUAAACGAUCUUCUGAACACGAAGAUAUUUGAGUGGUUGAAAAAAAACCGAAAGGAUGUCCUGUGUAAAGUAUUUCCUGUGGUGGGCGAUAUUUCUCUCCCAGAGCUUGGAAUAAGCCAAGAAGACCAAAAUAUGCUCGUUGAAAAGAUAUCAGUCGUUUUUCAUGUUGCUGCGACUGUAAAAUUUGAUGAACCUUUGAAAAUUUCAGUCGGGAUGAACCUAACAGGGACAAAGCGCUUGUUGGAACUCUGUGCUCGGAUGACCAAACUUGAAUCUGUAGUUCAUGUCUCGACAGCUUAUUGCAACUGUGAUCGAGCUGAAGCUGAUGAAAUCCUUUAUCCAGCUCCUGCUGAUCCUGAAAAUGUAAUCAAAAUGGUCGAAAUUUUAAACGAUGAUAUGUUAAAUAUUCUAACACCUAAGUUAGUCAGCACAAAAAGACCCAACACGUACACAUUCACUAAAGCUUUGGCUGAACAUGUUGUCGCAGAACAAGGAGGAAGAUUGCCUGUAGCAAUAUUCAGGCCUUCUAUUGUGUCAGGAGCGUGGAAGGAACCGUUGCCAGGAUGGGUUGACAAUUUAAACGGUCCGACUGGAAUUCUUGCCGGUGCUGGAAAAGGUGUGCUCAGAUCUAUGAUCUGCUAUGGUGAUUGUAUUGCAGACCUGAUACCAGUAGAUUUGGCAAUCAACUGUUUAAUAGCUGUAGCUUGGCAAACCGCAGUGAAACGUCCCAACAAUAUCAUCAUCUACAACUGCACAUCAGGAGCGACAAACCCAAUCAAGUGGGGAUACCUGGAAGAUGUGGGAUUUCAGAUGAUACUCAAAUACCCACCUCGAGAUAUCCUCUGGUAUCCCGGGGGCAGUUUUAAGACAAACCAUUACCUAAACACACUGCACACACUUCUUGCUCAAAUGAUACCAGCAUACUGCAUUGAUUUCAUCGCAAAAAUGGCAGGAAAAAAGCAAUUCAUGGUUCGUGUGCAAGAAAAAAUUCUCAAGAAUCUUAAGACUAUUGAGUUUUUCACAACAAGAGAGUUUAGGUUUAAAAACGACAAUGUUGUAAAUCUUUUUUCAAACCUAAAAGCUGAAGAUAAGACUGUAUUCAAUUUCGAUGUUACUCAAAUUGAUUGGCGUACCUACCUUGAAUCAUACAUGCUUGGUACAAGGAGUUAUGUCCUCAAAGAGGAUCCAUCAACAAUUCCAGAAGCGAGAAUAAAUCUUAGGAGGAUGUAUUGGGUUCAGCGGAUAUGCCAACUAUUUCUGGCCACGACGAUGUUUUGGGCGUUCAUAAACCGAUCACAUUUGGCAAAAUCUGCUCUCUGCUGCUCAUUGUCAUAUGCCGUAAAAAGUGUCAGUUCCUUAUUAAGGAUGGUUGGUAACGAUUUGUAAAAUAUUGUACACAAGGAGGAAAGUAUCCAACAAACUGUGGAUAGUUAUUGUUUAUAGAUAAUGUUAAUACACUGGUUCAAUUUUAAUUUCUUUAAA